AUGCUAAUCAAGAGAUUAAGUAACGCCAUAGCCAAGUAUAGAUUCUGCAAAGAAAUUCUUGAUUUUGCCAAACCCAAUCCCAUCAAACAACAACUCACCUAACAUCCUCUCAAUUAUAUGGUCGUACAUCCAAUAGGCUCUCAAAACAAAGGUCCUGAAUUGGAAUUCUAUAUGGCCGAAGAAGCCAUUGGUUUCUCAAAACAAUUGAAUUGGACUCUUGUUAAGGGAUCUUUUGAGUGGAACAAUUAAACUAAAAUUAAAGACAUGAACACCAGUCAAGAAAAAAUUCAUUAGGAUUAAUAAGAUAAUCAAUCACAAAAGUAAAGGGAAUAGUAAGAAUUCCAAGAAGAUGAUCUAGGACAGGAAUGGGGAAAUUACAUUACUGGAAAUUCCAUUGUCAAAUCAUCCCUUGUCAAAUUGCCUAGUAUUCAUUCUACCACAUUCUUCACAAAAGCUAAACUUUCUAUGUUAGGACAACAUAUUUAAUCAAAAGGAGUUAAUGCUGUGUUUAUAAAUCAUGAAUUAACAUCAUUGCAAACUAGAAAUUUGAAAAAAGUAUGGACCUAAUAUUCAAGAGGAGAAAUAGCAUCUGCUUUUACAGAAGAUGUCAUUGAUAAUGAUGAGAAUAAUAAAAAUGCAGAAGAGUAAGCAAAAUCUGAUUCUGAAGGUCUUUCUGUUUAGGUUUAUGAUCGAUUCACUAUGCUUUUAUUAUUAUUUGCCAAAAGAUCUACAUAAGGUAUUUCAAAAUUGCAAGUCGAACUAACAUUUCUCAAAUUCGCUAAGGCAAAAUUAGAAACAGGAGAUAGUAGCCUUUAAACACUUGCUUCAAUCUUUAAAGAACAAUUAAUGGUGGCUAAAGAAAUUGAUUUUGAAAUUCUCUCUGCUAAGCAAAAGAAAAAUUAAGGAAAAAAUAAUGAAUACAGAGAAAAUGAACUUUUAUUACAAAGAAGAAUUAUAGAUGAUAAAAUAGAAAAAGUCAAAUAACUCAUUGAAGAAGAUAAUUAAUCAAGAUUAAAAAUUAAACGCAAAAUUCAUGCUCAUACUAUUCCCAAGAUUGCAUUGAUUGGAUUUACAAAUGCUGGUAAGGCUUAGUUAUUAAACUGUAUAUUAUAAAAAGAUGAGACUGAGAGUAAAGAUUAAAUAUCUUAAAUACUGAGUACUAAUCAAAAAUCUGUAAGACUAGCCUCAGGAUAGAAAGCAAUUAUACUAAAUACUAUUGGAUUCAUCACGGAUCUACCGCAGGAUUUCAUAGAAGUAUUUAAGUCUACUCUAGGAGAAGUAGAAGAUGCUGAUAUAGUGUUACAUAUUAGGGACAUCUCGCAUCCGCAUAGUGAGAAGUAAAAGCAAGUUGUCUAUGGUGUCCUUAAGGAUUUAGGAUUUAACUAAGAUUUCUUCAAUUAGAAAAUGAUUGAAGUAUGGAAUAAAAUCGAUUUGAUGAAACACUCCUUAGAUUAUGAUUAGAUUGAAUCUUAUGAUUAUCCCAUCGUACCUACAAGCGCACUUAUGAAUAUUAACAUUCAAAAGCUUCUUUAAGUUAUGGAGGAAAAAUCUAACUAUAUUAUGAAUAAGAAGCUAUACAGAUUAAAAUAUAAUAUAGACUAACAUUUUGAAAGGCUUAGAUGGCUAUAUGAUGUUGGUAAUAUUUCAGGAGUAAAGAAUGAAGUGCAAAAGCUUCCUAUUAAGAGGGGAGAUCCUACAAUUAUAGAGUACGAUGUCAUCAUAGAUGAAGUCACUUACAAUAGAUACAUAGCCACCUUUUAACCUGAAAUAAGAAUUAAAAAGGAUUAAGGAAUCUCUCCAAAAGGUUGGAAAUGA